AUGGUUCGUAAAGCUCACAGCGCCUUAAGCUCGCAGCAUUUAUGCGCAUUGCCUCCCCCACAACUACCAUGUGAUCCUGUGAGGGACGCUCAUCGACCCAGUGGUGCAAGGUGGGCCUCCCUCACAACUACCAUGCGAUUCUGUGUGGGACGCCUAGUUUUAAGGCGCCUCAAAACUAGACUCAUCGGCCCAGUGGUGCAAGGUGGGCCUUCCUCACAACUACCAUGUGAUCCUGACGUGGCCACGUGUGUGAGGGGAGCGCAGCUGCUCACCAAGAUAGUGGCCUCCAACGCAAUGGCUCCAUUCCGUUACGACACCCCACCUAUCUCUCUCUUUCUCCUCGACCCGACUGCUGCACUCAUCACGCCAGGAAACUUCCGGGGAGCCUCCCCUGCCCUCCCAGACGUCUCCAACUUCACUGCGUCAGCCCAGUGGUGCAAGGACACGGUAACAGUGAUUUGGCAUUUCCACGGGGGCUGUCACAGGGGCGUGUGUGUGGACAGCAGCUAUCGCGUGAACGGGGUGCAGGCGCUGCGGGUGGUUGACGGCUCGACCUUUCUCACGUCCCCCGGCACCAACCCCAUGGCCACAUGCCUCAUGCUCGGGAGGUUCAUUGGUCUGAACCUUCUUGAAGAAAGGGGCUUCAAUAUUUCAGCAGCAUGA